GGGCGGUGAUCCGGGCUGCCGUCGGCAUGCUGACCGCUGGUUUUGCUCUUCCCGGUCCGCUCUUUUCCCGGUCUGAACCUCACCCGCAGCCCCUCUUUGCCCUGGCCCUGGCGGCGCGGCCUGGUGGGUCGGGGGAGGAGCAACCCAGUCGGACAGGGUCAUGUUCGCCGAGGACUCGCUCGCAUCCCGCCUCGCCGUCCAUCCGUUCCGCCAUAUCCCGAUAUCGAAGCACUUGCCCGCAAACGAACGCAGAAGAGCGACCCGCCUUGCUUGCUCUUGCUUGCUCUUGCGACGCCGCUUUCUCGCCGAGACUUCCGCUGCCGUCGUCUCGACCCUGGCGGCCACCCCGAGCACCACCGACGCAUUUGCCGCUCCCUUCCUUCCUUUCGUCCUCAACUUUCCUCGCCCCGUCCCUCCGCCUCUUCUCGCCUUGCUGCUGCUGCCGAGACACAAAUGUCAUCGAUUCAGAAAGUCUCUGCCGAAGACAUUCCUUCCGGCUCUGCAAACGGCCCCGACAACCAACAGCCGCUGGAUGAGCUCUGGCAAAAGGUCUCCGCCAACAUCCACAACGCUGUCCACCAGGCGGUCGAGUCGAUAAGAUCCGUCUCGUUCUAUCCCAACCGGUCCGACUCCGACACCGAGUCUUCGGGCUCCCCCGACAGUUUUGUUCAUUUUUUGGGCAUCCUCUAUCCAUCGCUGGAGGACCCGGCGUUUCUGGACGACUUUCGCUCGCGUCUGUGGAUCACCUACCGCUACUCGUUUCCUCCCAUCAAGCCCAGCACCUACACUUCGGAUGUCGGGUGGGGUUGCAUGCUGCGCUCGGGCCAGAUGCUCCUCGCCAGUGCAUUCGUUUUGCACUAUCUUGGAAGAGACUGGAGACUGGUCAAUAACUCGGACAAACCGACCAUGACGCUCUACUCCAAGAUCGUCAGCUGGUUCCUUGAUUCCAACUCGAGCCCAUACUCCAUUCACCGGGUGGCGCUGCUGGGCCAGCAGUAUGAUAAGGAAAUCGGGGCAUGGUUUGGCCCAGGCACGAUCUCCCAAGUUCUCAGAACCCUGCUCCAUACCCACAGAGACAGCAGGCUCGAAAUCCACUACUGCCUCGACGGCGCAGUCUACAAGAGCGACGUUCAGGCCACAGCCAAGUCGGAGGACGACGAUCCGGAGUGGAAACCACUUCUGCUUCUGAUUCCCCUGCGACUCGGCGUCGAGAAUCUCAACCCGGUGUACCACAACGCCCUCAGGAACUGCUUCGAUAUCCCCCAUUGCGUUGGGAUUGCCGGCGGCCGCCCAAACUCCUCGGUGUUCUUCAUCGGAUACCAGGGAAGCAAGUUUAUAUACUUGGAUCCGCACUAUUCGCGAGCAGCUGUGUCGAUGAAGGACUACAACUCGUAUACGGUGGAGGAUUUGUCAAGCUACCACUGUCCCACGGUCCGAAUAAUGCAUAUCAGCAACCUAGAUCCGUCGCUUGUCAUUGGAUUUUACUGUCGAAACUCACUCGAUUUUGAUGAAUUCUGCAAACAUGCGAAGAAGCUGACCAGGGGCAAGACUCCGCUCUUUACCAUUGCUGAGAACCGCCCCGAGUAUCCUGAUGAGGUGGAAAUUGUGUCGGACCCUGAUGAUAUGUAAUCCGUCCUGCGCUGGCUUGUCCCCAUGCCGUCCGCCAUUCAGAUAGCUCAGUGCAUCGGUGGAACGGCAGCGCACCAGCGGCGAUAUAUGGUUCAAUUGUACUUUAUCGUUGAGCAACA